UACGUCUAAAAUAGGACAAAUUGACGCAGUGGUGAGGAGAGAAAGCGGACAGCAGACCCUACACUAUUCCAGGACCGUAUUUAUUCCAUACAGGCUACAGAGGAAUAAAACAAACCGCAAGACUUUUAAAGUUUAGUUUUAUAUAGUUAGUAGGCUAGAGACCAAAAGGGUGCUUAUUUUUUCCAUUUAAGUAAGUAUAACUAAAAACCCACAUGGUUCCUGAAAUCACUGCGAUGUGAAGAUAGCUCAGCUUCCUGACAAAUCACAAGGAGAGUCGAUUUAUUAAAGCCGAAUAUAGCAGCAUCCGUUUAGAGAACAGAUUUUUUCAUCGGCAAUGUCGGAGUUUGAUCUCGCUGCGCAGUGUUUAGAUUCCAUCUCUAACCGGCCACUGGUGGACCGUUGUCCCGAUGCCAAACCGACAGAAGACAUGUCGAAAGAGAACCAAGAAAACCGGACUUUGCUAAUGGUGGCGAUGAUUUUGCUCGACCUGAAAAAAAUUAACCAGAACACAAUCAGUGGGACAUGUGGUGGGGGUAGUAAAUGUCUGGGCCAAAGUGAUGCCAACAGCCAGAUUAACGGACACCGGUGUGGUCACAGGGUGAGCAGGGACAGUCGGGGUACUGCAAGGGCGCAACAGAACUCGGCAGAAAAGCAGUCACAGAUCAGGAAGGCUGUGAAUAUGCACGUGGCCCCAGAGAAGAUACAUUGUUGCCCAUUCAGCAGCUGUGGGAAGAUGUAUGGCAAGUCAUCCCACCUCAAAGCCCACCUGAGAGUGCACACUGGCGAGAGGCCAUUCCAGUGUACCUGGCCAGACUGCACUAAGAGGUUUUCGCGUUCAGACGAGUUGACGCGCCACUACCGCACACACACGGGGGAGAAGCGCUUCACCUGCCCGCUAUGUGACAAGUGUUUCAUGAGGAGUGAUCACCUGACCAAACACGCACGCCGCCACACAGGCUUCCACCCCAGCAUGCUUCAGGGCCCCAUGGUCAGAAGACGCCGCUCCUCUGCCUUCCUCUCCUUCCCCGACUCUGGAGACCAGAGCCCAACUGGUGUGUGAAACACACACAACAAUAUACACUACAAGGAGGUGGAAGUACUCUUAGAAAAAAAGGUCCUAUCUAGAACCUAAAAGGGGUUAUUCAGCUGUCCCCAUAGGA